AUGACCGUCCCCCAGCGGCGCCUGGCCGGGCUCUGGCCGUGGCUGCUCAUGGCGGCCCUGCAGGUGGUGCUGGGCCAGCCGGGCCUGGAGUCCGAGCGGCCGGCCCUCCGAGCGGUCAUCAAGGUGACACUGCUUAAGAACGAGCCGACGGGGAAGCCCAUCACCCUGGAAGGGGUGUUCGUGGGAGGAAGUGCCGGCUACGCGGAUGGGAAACUAAUGCAGUAUCACCCGUUGUCAUUGUGCAACACAAGCGAGGAUGAACGGCAAGAGGGUGACUUCAUCACCAUUGUCAAGCUGGAGCACAGGGUACCCCGCUGCUUGCCGCUGCUCGAUAAGGCUCGCAUGGCGCUGGAAAAAGGAGCUCAGGCUGUUAUCUUUGACGUCAGUGAUGAUGCCAAUGCUGCUGCUGAGCUGCGAGAAACCGAUGCCCUCCCGCGACCAGUCGUGCUGGUGGAGGCCGAGGAUGCGGAGGAGCUGAUGAGUUUGGUCAACAAGAAUGAGGAGGCCAAAGUUCGCAUUGAGAUCAAGUUGGAACAGUCUCGAUGGCCCCAUUAUGACAUGGGUAUCCUGCUCACCAUCAUCCUGGCUAUUCUCACCAUCGUCUUAAUCUUUGCCUUCCGUUACAAGUGCAAGUCCAACAGGACCUGGGACUCCGUCCACCAGCAGACCAUGCGGGCCAUCAAUCGCCUGGAGACCAAAACCUACAGCUCUCAGGGCUGCUCGGGCUCGCAGCGGCACCGGGCGGCCUGGGGCUCAGCCAGCAGCUCCAACUCGAGCCCCGUCUGCGCUAUCUGUCUGGAGGAGUUCCAGGACGGGCAGCACCUGAGGAUCAUCUCCUGCGCUCAUGAGUUCCAUAAAGACUGUGUCGACCCCUGGCUGGUGCAGCACCGCACCUGUCCCCUCUGCAUGCACAACAUCAUGGGUGAGGACAAGCAUAUUUACAGGACAGAGCGGCAGCCCCAGAGGAGCCGACUCCAGCAGGGUCCAGAGCAAAGUCAAAGCUUCCUCCAUCCUCAGACUUACAACAACCCACACAACCACCCUUUCCCUCAACAUGCUAUCCCCUUCUCUAUGAGGCCCCACUAUCCUCGAGGACCCUCUGGACCAUAUCCCUCUCUGGGCCACUACAGUGGCUCUUCUCCCAUGGACACGCAAACUCUGCGUUUCCUCACCAGCAGGCCACUUGGCUCUGGCUGUGGGUACCGCCUUCCUGUAGAGGGUCCCGGAAGGCCCCACAGGAUUGGAGGUAACUGCAGGACGUCCACUCACCACUACACGCCUCGUCGCUCCUGCCACAACUAUCGUCCGUCCUGUCCGACCCAGCGCAGUGCAUCCUGCUCAAGACUGCAUCACACAUCCUCUGGAACGCCUCAGACCCGUGGAGCGCCUGCCCACAGUCGGCAGGAUGAGGGCAGCUGCUCAGGUGGCAGCUACCACACAGAACGCAGUGGAUAUUUGGCUGACGGGCCAGCAAGUGACUCCAGCUCAGGGCCCUGCCAUGGCUCCUCAAGCGACUCAGUUCUUAACUGUACUGACGUGUCCCUACAAGGAGUUUAUGGCAGCUGGUCCACCUUCCGUAGCUCUCUGAGUAGUGACUACGAUCCAUUUGUAUAUUAUGGGCCAGGUCCUGGGCGGGGGCCUCGGAGAAACAGCCUAGAAGCUGGUGCGCAAGCCCGGCCCAGGUCUCUGGAUUCUGUGGUGAACAAAGCAGGCUGCCCUGAAGAACAGCCACAGACUGUGUUCAGCCACAUCCACUACCACCGCCACAGGCACCACCACUAUGAGGAGGGGGAGCACGGUCAGGGCCCGAGCAGAGGCUCGGACGAGGAGCAGGGGGCCUCUGCUGCUGCAGCGCCUGCUGCUCUUGUCCUUGACAAAGACUCACUUGUGUGCCCUCCUAAGCACAGUCCCUGCCAGUGCCCAAAGCCAGAACCCACAGAUCGGCAUAGCCCAGGACAGGGAGAGCGUCAUGACCAUGACCGCAGCAGUCCCUCAGGACCUCCUGUCCUGAUGUCCCCGAUCCCCUUACAGCUCCAACCCCACUGCUGCCACCAAGGACAUGGACACCCCCCUGCUCCUCUUGGGCGAGUUGGUGGCUGUGUGCUUGAUGGCCCCUCUGUUCGCUUCCACCAGGGCCUGGAUCUGCCGGAUGACCGUAGCAUCCACAUUCACUACGGCCAGGGUCCAGGCUUCUGCUGCUCUCCCCCCGAGCUGCACUCGGCUUUGCUCCCCGUGCCCCUCAUUCUGGACUCCGGAGGGAUGGAGGAGUGGCCUUGCUGUGCCGGGCCCCAUGUUGUGUGGCAAAAACGGGUGCAGCAGGCUCGCUCAGAGCCUCAGCUACUGGGGCCUGGGACUUCUAUGGACAGGCCACCCUGCAGGCUCCACCACGGGCCUGCUGCUGACUGCAACACAGACAUUUGUUUAUACUGCCAAACAUUACACCACAAUCAGGGUGGGUGUCUCACUUAUUUAUCUUUAAUAACAUGACCAGGUGUCAAAUGAUAGUUCUUUUUUAAUUCACAAUUUGAUAACACAUCUUGGAAGAUCUUGGGAAAUAUGAAUUACGUCAAAAAGUGGUCAGAUCAUGAAAUCCUUUUUCCUGAGCUAAACCCAUCUCAAUUAGCCAACAGGAUUAUUAAAUGCUGUAGGAUAUGUAGAACUUUGAUAUUUGGUAUCUAGGCUCCUAACAAUGAAACAGAAGGCUUAACACAGCACAGAGUGAGGAGUGACAACAAUAACUGUGCAGCCUCAGAGUCUUUGGGUGGAUGUAGGGUAGAGGUGGUGGCUUUUAAAAAGCUAUGUCAACAGAAGCAAAAGUAGCAGCAUAGUUUUCAGGUGAGAGGUGCAGCAGUAAGCAAGUAUGACACUCAAAACAGUGAGCAGAGGGCGCACUGGCACAAUGCAAUGUGUGUGUGGUAGGGAGAAUUGUGAGCUACUUGAGCUUGGCAGCAAACUUGAGUGGGCUGUUUCAAGAUGCAGGCCGGGUUGUCUUCGUAAAUUAGAUUAGCUGUAAUAAUAAUAAGAACAGUAAAUUCACUUUUCUUUCUUUUUAAGUUUUUCUAACCUGGUCAAAAACCUGUGGACUAGUUUUUUAUUGACAUACUUUGAAUCUGACUUGAGUUGUGUCUGUGUCCACAGGAUCAGAAGAGGAGUCUGGUGUUUGACAAACUUGUUGCAUCCCCAUUUUCACGCUGCUACACAGGAGCCAGAAUGGACAAGCCUCUCAUUGGCCAAUCGCUCUCAUGUCUUCCACAUGAUUCCGCCGCAAUGCCUUUCCUUUCAGAUGAUGCCCCGAUGCUUCCCCGCCAGGAUUCAACGCUCGCACGCCGAAAUGUGCUUUUAGCUGACUUAGUUGGGUUAUCAUUAAAAGUGAAAUUAUUGGGAUUGGAUCUUGCUUACGAUGUUUUAUAUCAGAAUACAGUGAAUGAUUUAGAUGUGUAGAGAGAAGCAGUCACUAGGGAAACAGCUCAUGCACCACAAAGGGGAAAUAAUGUUUGUUUUCUUUGUUUUUCUGUGUUUCUUUUCAUCAGUUAUAGGAACAAUAGUAAUUUCUGACAUGACAUCAGAAGUUCCAUGCUCCUUAGUGUCAUCUAACGAAUGAUCCUUGCUUUGGGUGUGGAGCCCUCAUGAAGUGAGACUCCACCUCUGCAUCACUCACUGUAUUACAACUUGAUUUAGCUUUGAGGUACUUAACUUUCACUUCUUCCUCUUCUUCCUUCGCUGAGUCCAGUCUCAGCUGAGAGAAGCUCUUCUCUCCAGCCUACCUCAGCACAGAUUCCUAAACACGCCUCACACAGGGGGUCUUAUAAGGUACUGCUGUAGUGACUUUUCCUUUUUUUUUUUUUUUUCUCACAACCAUGUAGCUCCCAUAAACCCAACUAAAAGGUAUCCUCUUGUCCAAAUGGAGAGAAUAGUUGAUGCUCAGCCCCUCAAACAAUGAGCAUUCACUGAGGUUGCUGAACCAUGCAUGGGCCUUGUUUUCAUUAUUUCAAUAAUGGCAGCUGUUUUUAACAUUUUUUUUUUCUUUUUUGUAGCCUGUAAUAAUUUUUUCACCUUUCAAAAUGAACCUGUUUGACUGAAUUAUGUUGUCGUCCUUACAAGCUAUUGUUUCAUUCGCAUCAUGUCUGUCGGUUUCAUCACGUGUGUGACUUCUGUGCUGUUACCCCCUCCCCCCCACCACUCCCCCGGGAACAGACCCCAUCAGAAGGACAACAUCAUGUCCGCUGCUCAAUUCAUCACAAUGCCCCCCCCGCUGUCUUCCAGCAAGUAAAGCUCUAGAAAAAUGCUCUACAUUGCAACCAUAGAAAACACAUAGUGAUUAUAUAAUAAUAAUAUUAUAUGGAGUGAAGCCAUGCCAAGUGGUCCUUACAGUCCUGGGCAUCAGCUGAGUCUGUCCGCUUUAGCAACAUUCUAAUGAGAGCUUGCUGUGCUUAUCCCAUGAUUUCAAACUUUUAUGAGUCGAGUCUGAGAACAUGUCUCAGGAACAAACACUGGAAAGAUGGGAAGAAUUCAUGUUAGUCACAGAAAUGAUAUCCAUAACGUUGAAAAGUCCUUUGUUGAGGUAAAUGCAAUUCCAGUCCCUUUUAGCGCUUAAAGGAAGAUUACCAGAAAUCAAAUGCAGUGUUGAGUAAAGAUUGUUUUACAUUCUGAUAAUAGUUUUUAAAAUGUUAGAAAGCCAUAAAUGACAGAAUCUAUGUUUAGAUCUUUACCAAGUUGCCCCUCUGUUCCCAUUUAGCCUCUGGCAGACUGACAGAAUACAAAACGUUGCUCUUGCUCCAAGAAAACGACUCUGUACAUUUAAAUAAAGCAGAUAAAUGUCAGCCAUCAUCAUGCCAUCAAACAUGGCUCUCUUACAUUUGGCUUCACCACAGACGUCUUAAUGCACGCACGUACUCAACUAAAUAAUCUGAGAUCAGAGUAACUGGGAUCUCAGCUUUAUCGUGGACUUUCCCUGAAGGGCUUAGUGAAAAUGUGAAAGGAUUUUCCUUUGCAGCCAGACUGCAGAUAGAGUUUAGCUCAGCACAAACAGCCCCCUAAGAACGCAUGGGUUUUGCAAUGUAACCAGUAGCACUUACUAAAGUCUUCCAUGUGCCUUAUUCUUUGAAAACUGUUCGUAAUCCUGAAUCGGGAAACUCCCAACACGCUAAGCUCUUACCUGUCUAACCAAAGACGCAAAAUCUUCAACACAGUGGCCUUGUAACACAGUAUGUGUGUGAUAUGCCUUUUUUCCUGCUUCAUUCCCAUCCUGAAAUCUCAGAAUUAAAUGUACUUUCACUGAGACGAGGGACAUGCUAAAAUCGAAGUGGAAAUCCUUUUUGGACAAUCAUACAGUACUUAACGUAUCCAUUUCUUUAAAAAUAAUACCUCACUCUGAAUGAAUAAACUCAGCGUACUCUAGCAAAAGUAUCCCAGUUUCAUUGUUAUGCCCAAACAGUCUCUGAGAUGGAAAUGACUGAAUCACAAGCUGCACUUUGGUUAUAGCAAAUUUUAUAUUGGGAGGGAGGGAUAAAAUAAACACAAAUCUACUAGUAUUAAUUUAAAAACAAUCCCAAAACCUCCAGCAUAGUAAUAAUAGCAUCUACUGAUGCUGCAGAAUAUCUGAUGUGAUUUCAUUCUUUCUCUGUACAUCAUUCAUGUCUUUGUAUUGUUAUGUUUUGCAAAAAUAAUGAGCUGAAACUGCCUUUUCUAAUAGAGUAAAAACAAAUCCCUCCAGAACCUUUAAGGGAUGUGUCAGUAUAUUUUGGAUACUUUGUGUACAAAAACGAGAACAACAAAAACAGAAAUGAAAUAGUGUUGUAUUUUAUAUAUAAUAGAACAUUUCAAUAUAGUGACAUGUCACUAAUAUAUUUAUUUACUAAUAUAUUUAUCCAUUUUGUCCAGGUUUGAAAGAGUGGUUUCUGUAUAGACUGAAUGUUCCUAUGUGGAAACUGACCAGUGCCAUCACAGAUGUAUCAACCUGUCUUCAUUCCAAGUAUAUGCAAAUAAAUUAUUUUGAAAUAA